GGGCCAUGAAGGUGAAGGUGAUCUCCGUGCUGGAGGACAAUUACAUGUACCUGGUGAUCGACGAGAGCACCCGCCACGCCCUGGCCGUGGACGCCGCGGUCCCCAAAAGGCUGCUGGAGAUCAUCAGGAAGGAGGACGUGGUGCUCAGGGCCAUCCUCACCACCCACCACCACUGGGACCACGCCAGGGGCAAUGAGGAGCUGGCCCAGCUCCUCCCGGGCCUGCAGGUGUUCGGUGCUGACGAGAGAAUCGGGGCCCUCACACACAAGGUCACCCACGGCCAGGAGCUCACGUUUGGGGCCAUCAGGGUGAGGUGUCUCUUCACCCCGUGCCACACCUCGGGCCACAUGUGCUACUUCAUGUGGGAGGACGAUUCCCCGGAUGCUCCGGCUCUUUUCUCAGGUGACACCCUGUUCGUGGGGGGCUGCGGGCAGUUCUUCGAGGGCACGGCAGAGCAGAUGCACACCAACCUCACCCAGACCCUGGGCACUCUGCCCAAGGACACGAAGAUUUUCUGUGGCCACGAAUGCACCGUCAGAAACCUCAAAUUCGCCCUGAAGGUGGAGCCGGACAAUGAAAUGGUGAAGGAGAAGCUGGCAUGGGCCAAGCAGCGCGACGACGACGACCUGCCCACAGUGCCCUCCACGCUGCAGGAGGAGUUCCUGUACAACCCCUUCCUGCGGGUCACGGAGGAGCCGGUGCAGAGGUUCACAGGCAGGACAGAGCCCGUGGAGGUGCUGAGGGUGCUGCGCUCCCAGAGGGACAACUUCAAGAAGCCCAAGGAGAGACCCAACCCCCAGGCCAUGCUGGCCUUCGACUGGGGGCUCUUCGCUCCUUUCCUGGAGAAGAAGUGACAAAGAAGUGACAAAGAAGUGACAAAGUGACAUCCCCGUGCUGCCAGGGGCUCCCUCCUGCCUUGUGCCCAGCUCGGAUUUGCUCCCAGAUUUUGGAUUUUGUCUCCUUGCUGCUUGUGUGAGGCUGCUCUGCUCUGGCUCCUGGGAUUCCCUGGAUCCCUUUGGGGACCCCCGGCCGUGGGGACCCCCCUUGGGGCUGGGGGUGCUGGCAGAGGGUCAGGAUGUGACCCGGAGCAGGGGACACUCCCAGUUUUUGGGAUCAUGGGAUGUCCAUGUGGCUGUGGAAGGGAGCCAGGGACAAACGAGGAUGCUCAGGGAUGGGGGUGCUGUGUCCCAUGG